CUGUGAUCUCUUUGAGCAUCUAACAAAGGAGGCAAAAAAGGUGGUGGAAUAGAGUAGAAAAGAGUUUGGACUUGGCUCGUAUUUAUCAUCACCAGUGGGGACCACCGCCACAUAGAGCGCUUUCGCCUUCGAGCUGGUUGAUUGUUCAGCAUGGCAGCACACCCGUCUGAAGAGUCCAUCCUCCGGAGGCCGUUUCGAAUCUCAUUCGUCCGCCGGGAUGUCCUCUUGCCGCUUCUCGUAUCGCUCCUUUCGAUGGUUUGCUUCGUAACGGCUGCGUCUCUCGAUCAGGACAGGGCAGUGGCGGAAGCUCCUUCUGUCUAUGAUAUGCUGACAAAAUUUGGUCUGCCUCAAGGCUUGCUUCCCAUAAAUGUGAUGAGCUAUGAUCUCAAUGACAAAGGGCAUUUCUUCGUUGACCUUGGGCAUGAAUGUGAGAUUCAAGUCUUCAACAACAAGAUCACGGUUCACUAUGACGAAACGAUCACGGGCGUCGUUGAGCAUGGUUGUCUUAAACAUCUGAGGGGAAUCAAGGCGAAAAUGGACAGCUCCUGGAUGCGUAUCACGGGUAUACAGAUGAGUUCCACCGCUUCGGGAAAAAUCAUUUUCCGGAUAGGUCUUUUCGCAAAGCUGCUAGAGACCACGGAGUUUGAUUCUCCUCGCCCUUGCAUUGAGCCGAUGUUGAUGAGCGAUUCCGAACGCUCUGAACAGGGCAAUGAGGGCUACGACGUUGAUGAUACAGCGGAGGAGAUGGCGAUGGGCGAUUCCGAGGAUACUAAAGGGGGCAGUCAAGGAAACAAAGACGGUUAUACAGGUCAUGAACUGGCUGAUUCAAACACUUUCAUUUCAUAAGUUGUUACUAUUUUUAGAUAUAUGAUAUAUCAUCACAACUGAAACCAGACGAGUUAGCAAGCAACCAUUCAACGCAUCUGGACAGUUUGGUGAUUUUGUUUUCCGCUCAGCGCUCUCAUGAUGGAGAGUUUACAUAAAUGCCGUACAAUCCGAAAAUGGAAAUCGAAAGAGAAAAAGAAAAAUCAUGGAGGAGUUAACAUAGAGGGCCUCCUGGAUGGUUGGGGAAGUAUUUGGAAUUUUCCUGCCCGUGCCAGGUGGUAGAGAGCUUGGGUACACUGCUGCCCGCACGGACCAGAGACGGCUAAGCGUAGAUCCAUCACUACAGGAUAGCUUAGUUCUGUUAGUGUACUUAAGACUGGUGGCUUCUGUUAGUGUACUUAAGACUGGUGGCUUCACUCUGCAGUCUAGUAUCCUAAACCCGAGUACAUAGUGCAGGGUAGGUAGCGGGAGAUAAAAAAAAAGAAAAUAUUGAGAGAAAAAUAAUACAAUCUAUAGAGUAGUAAAUGCAGCUGUCCCCCAAAUGAGGAGAAGUCAGCUUGCAUUUGAAGGGGAACCAAAAAAAAAAAAAAACGGAAAACAAAAAGAGGUAGAAGUCGGAAUUACAGCGGGCCAAUCAAAGGGGGGCGGUGAUCGCAAAGCGCGCCUAUGAAGAGGGUGGGGGAAAUGCAGCAGGCUCUCUUGAGUGCGAAUUACAGUGGGCCCAUCACACGUGGUGGGAAUUGCAGCAGGCUCACCGAACGCAGUGGGCCCAUCAAAUGGAGUGGGAAUUUGCAGCAAAGGUUGUCAUCCCAGGGGGUGGGAAUUGAAAAGAAAGGGUCAUCAACAGAUGAUGCUCAUUGGAAAGAGGAGGGAGUUGCAGUGGGAGGCGGCAGUCAAGUCUGUAGCGGGCCAGUGAAAAAAGGGGUGGGACAAUUGCAGCGGGGCCAUAAAAUCAUCUCAGGCCUAGUCUAAAAAAAUAGGCCUUUCAGAUGAUCUGACAUCCGUCAUUCAUGCGAAGGCCUGUUGGCUGUGUGUCAGGAAUCACAGCGCGGGCACUCCUUUGUAUCAACGGCAGUUACAGUCCAGGUGGUCACCCUAUCGAUGUCAUCCCAUGCAUGACAGGUUUCGGCGUUUCGCUUCCGUCACAUCACUUUGUUGACUCUACGAGCACUCACUGCGGGCCCGGGAUCUCAGUUCCAAGAUGAGACGAGUAAAUUAAACGCUGCUCUCAUGAACCACAUCAGUACCUUGGCCAGGCAAACCUGAGAAUCGAAAACGCGACAUUCCCGGUUCUUCAGAUGAACAGUAUUACUGGACCAAAAUGGCUGGCGGUGCCGCCCCCCAAAAGGAGGAAAAGAACUUUGAAAAAUGGGCUGGUGACGAUUACUUUCCUUUUGUCUCACAGUGCAAGGCUGCUUGGGGAAACGAGGCUCGGAAGUACUGGCUGUUUACGGACUGAAGAUUCCGUCUUGCGGAAUUUGAAGUACCCCCCGACAAUCAUUUGCAGGUCUGCGAGGAGGCACGCUUCCGUGCAUUAGUGGGAUGGCGGUCCCAAAAAUCCCGAAAAUCACCAUAAUCCCGACCAGGAAGAUGCGUUGCAAGACAGUGACCCUAAACAGCAAGGAAAUAGUAAGACGAUGUCACGGGCAGAGCGGGUUGAUGAAAUGAAAGUUUGCGCUCAACGUGCAUGUGCAGGUCCAAGUUGUGGUUGCCGCCAUCUUGCUUCCGACAAUUCCAUUGGCGUUAACCCUUCUCUCUCUCCUUCAAAAACUACUACCAGUAAUCUCGUAAUUUCGUCUCUCCAUCAUGGGGCGGCGUAGGUGAAGAGGUGGUUGAACUGCCAGAUAGACAGUAGAGAGGAAUGCUGUUAGUGAUCAUGAUCAUGGUUAUCGGAUAUCGAUAGUGGUAAUCAUAGUAGCGAUGGUGAUGGAUAGAACUGUGUUUAUGAGCCUCAUACUACUAUCCGAUAUCGAUAGUAGUAAUCAUAGUAGCGAUGGUGAUGGAUAGAGCUGUGUUUUUUAGCUUCAUCUUUACCCCGCGGCCGAUGUGAGGCGUGUAGUCGUCGUGUACUGGUGGUUUGAUAAGGGAUUAGUAGUAAUUUAGUAUCCUGUAGGAAGGCAUUUAGAUUGCGGGAAUAUAUAUUUAGGUAUCCGAAUCGCACUAAAAAGUGUAGGCAUUGAAAACGUUUAUCUAUUUGAUUAUAUUCAUUAUGGUAAAGAAUCAAUCUAAGUUGAUUCUUUACGUUUCUCGACUAUAGUAACUAUACCCAGACACUAUAGUAGGCCAAUUUGGAUCAUUUCUGGAAUAAUUGCAUUUAUUAAAUGAAUUUUCCCACAUUUACUUGAAUAGUCUUUAUGAGAUAGCAUUUUAUUGGAAUAGUCUUUUCUGGUAUGAAAUAAAUGCAAAUUGGAAGAUUUAUCACUUUGUGUAAACUUUACGUAUCCUUUGCGUAAGUAUUAUCUAGCAUGUUGAUCCUAAAAAUAAAUCUUCAACUUGAUUGUGUAGUUAGGUUUAUAGCAACUUCGCAGACAUUUGAGGUAAUUAUCUAUCGCAUGAUAAAACUAAACACCGCUCGAUCAUUUAUUGGCGCUUACGACGUAUUUGCAUUGAAAAAUAUUUUAGUAGAAGUUACAUUCGCUCUAAGAGGAAAAAAAGUGCAAAGUGUUAUUCAUAUGUAUGUUUAAUUUUAAGCAUGCAGAUCACCUCCAUAGGUGUUGAAGUUUUGGGAGCUCAAGUUUGAGAUG